CCCCCCUCGGACCGAAGACAGCCCAGUGGGAAAGAGGAAGGAAAGCCGACUGAGCCACUGAGAAGGACAGAGCGAUGAAUCCCGAGUGCUAUGACUUCGUGCACCGUCAAUUCAAAACACACAAGUGAAACUCUUUUACUGCAAGGAAACACACGUCAGCCCUCUGGAAGUCACCAAGGGAGGUCCAGAGGAAACCACAUCAACCUUUCCCAUCCAUUCGUCUGUCCAUUCAUUCCCCCCAUCAUCAGUCAAGCCAGCUAGCGGAGUUUGUACCAGCAGCCAUGCAGGUGAUGUGGAGCCUCUAUGCCCUGCUAUGCCUCUGCCUCUGGGGGCAGUGCUCUUGCCGUGGCCGCAGGACCAAACGAGCCACAGAGGACGAUGCCAAAAAGUGUUCCUACACCUUCAUGGUGCCUGAGCAGAAGAUUACAGGCCCCAUCUGUGCCAGCGCCACGGGCCCGGAAAUGGACAAAGAGAGGGUGACCCGCAUGGACAUGUCGGACGUGCGGGAGGUGCUGCACAAGCAGCGGAGCGAGAUCGAGACCCUGCAGCUGGUGGUGGACGUGGAUGGCAACCUGGUGAACGAGAUGAAGCUGUUGCGGAAGGAGAGCAGGAACAUGAACUCCAGGGUGACGCAGCUUUACAUGCAGCUGCUGCAUGAGAUCAUCCGGAAGAGGGAUAACUCCUUGGAGCUGGCCCAGCUGGAAAACCGCGUCCUCAACGUGACCUCAGAGAUGCUGCGCUUGGCCUCCAGGUACAAGGACCUGGAGGCCCGCUUCGCCACCAUGGCGGGCGUGGUCAACAACCAGUCGCUGCUGAUCACCGCCCUGGAGGAGCAGUGCCUCAGGACCCUGGGCCGCGGAGAGCUUCCCGCUUCACCGCCGCUGGUGCAGGUGGUGCCGGAGAACUUGCCUGUCAACAGUCGAGUCACCAACGAGAUCCACAGGCACACCAACAACCGGGCUUUUCCUCGGGGAUCACGUAUGGAGGCCCCGACCGCCAGCCCGUAUGGGAUCGACCCACCGCCUCCACAGGGGACACUCAGCUCGGAUGGUCCUUAUAAGGACUGCUUCCAGGUACGCCAGGCGGGCCACAGCAUUAGUGGGAUGUAUCUGCUGAAGCUUGACGGCAGUGAACGCCUGGUCCAGGCCUGGUGCGAGCACGGCCUGGACAACGGGGGAUGGACCGUGUUGCACCGGAGGAGAGACGGCUCCGUCAACUUCUUCAGAAACUGGGAGAAUUACAAGAAAGGCUUCGGGAACAUAGAUAGCGAGCACUGGCUGGGUCUGGACAACAUCUACCACCUGGGGAAACAGGGCGACUACAAGCUGCUGGUGGAGCUGGAGGACUGGACGGGCAAGAAGGUGUACGCCGAGUACAGCAGCUUCAGCCUGGAGUCUGAGAGCGAGGGCUACCGCCUGAGGCUGGGCACCUAUCAGGGCAACGCCGGGGACUCCCUCACCAGCAACAACGGCAAACAAUUCACCACUUUGGAUCGGGACAAGGACGCAUUCUCAGGUAACUGUGCCCACUUCCAUAAGGGCGGGUGGUGGUACAACGCCUGUGGUCAAACCAAUCUGAACGGGGUAUGGUACAGCGGCGGAAUUUACCGCAGCAAGCACCAAGAUGGAAUAUUUUGGGCAGAGUACAACGGGGGGUCCUACUCACUCAAGACUGUCCGCAUGAUGAUCCGACCCAUUGACUAAGUCUCAGGAUGAUGGCCCCUUUUAUGCCUUUGACCUUUCUUUUUUUUACCAAGAAUAGGAAGGCAAAAAGGCAGUACUUCAAUGGCCGGACAUUAUGAACUCCCACACACACACACACGCGAGUGCGGUGGCAAACUGUCUUUCGGAUGGUGCUCCGAGAGGUUGCCAUCCAUGGGACCUUCCAGUAUUCCUCCCAGGUGCCAUUUUCUACCCACUAAUGUUAAAAUGUAACGUGUAUUUGGCGGUAGUAAGCAAUAGUAAAAACAAUAUCAAUUUAAUUAUUCUAUUCUGUGUAGCCAGUUGAAAUGUUAUGUUGGACAAUCAAAAGAGACAGGCCUACACGUGCAGUCUGGUGCUUUAAAUACUACUGGUCGGAGAGUUUGGAUUUGUCCGUUGGGCUUUCCCACUAUUACGACCAGGAAAUGAACUCCUGGAACAAUCUGCGUGUCGAUUUUGUGGGUACAGCUGAGCUGGCUUAAGUAUGUAAAUAUCUUUGGCAUUAUUUUCAUGAGGUAAUUUAAGAGGUGCUCAGGCCUAAUAUUUCCAUUGGUCUCCAAGUAACCGUUCCCUUCUGUUAUUUAUCAGUGUAUUUAUAUUGAUUAUAGUCAAUCCAAUGCAACUUGUUUUAAAAAGGUGAUGAGUGCGUUUAACAAUCAACAACUUUAAGCGCCCAAGUAACUUACCAAUAGGCAUUAAAUCACACCCAAAAUAAUAUGUGGUGUAGUCUACAGUUACAUUUUACAAGGCUCGAAUUGCUUCCUUCAAACUGGCUUCCAGUUUCAACAUCUCAUCAACACGUUGUUGUAUCUCAUGCUCAUCAUGGAAGAUGAGCCUGCAUAUGAGCCCUGUUCUAAUAAAUGAGUCCUACAAUA